UGAUAAUGUCGCGUUUAUUAUGCCAGGACUGUAAUUUUUGACGUUUAUUUGUAUAAAUAUGUUGGAAAAUUAAAGGUUUUUUUUGUGUAAUUCAAAAUGAGUGGUAUACCAACUCGGAGGGUUGGCCCCAGGGGUGCCAGCCAACCUUCGCUUUAUGAAAGAACCACUUCAAGACGUGCUGGGGCAAAUGCUGCGAGUACGAGCAGGAUUCCUCCUGGUCCGGGACCCAUGCGGGCUACAUCCACCUUGGCACCUUCUAAUAUCCCCACUUCUUGUAACCCACGGGGACCUGGACAAGGCCCGCAAAGAUCUAUGUCUCGCUUGCAACCUCCCUCGACUUCACGAAGUCAAAUACCAAGUUUAAGUAGUAUCCCACGAUCUGUUUCCAAAACUGGUGCUAUUCCAAAGGCCUCCGCGAAAUCUGUUACUGUUGAGAAACAAACCAAGUCGGGGUCUCAAAUGGUUACCAAGACAUCAUCACGGAAGAUUACUAAAGGUGAUAUUAAGGAGGCUGCGAGGUCUAAAGCCCAAAGGACGAAAAAGUCUACACUGGUUAAGGAUGGCGAAGAUAAUGAAGAAAGUGAAUGGGGUCAAGGACGUGCAACUACAUCAGUCCUAGAACAACAGUUAGCUGAGAGUUUAUUAGAAGCUGCUGCCCAACGGCCGAAAACUCCUUUGAUUGCCACCACAGGCUGGAAAACAGCUAUGAAACCACCGAUGAUGAUGACUAAAGAAGGGUUGAUUCCUAUUGAGACACAGGUAAUCUCAACGAAAAGUGUUACCAAACAGCCUGGGAUGCCGGAUAUUAUCGGUAGGGAUGUUACUACUAUUGAAACGAUCUCACCUGAUAUGGCCGAGCGUACAGAGGUGGUCAUGUCAAGAGUAAGUCCCUUUCGUCCUGGAGCGCAUGCAACUAAAACCAAAGAAGCCGUAAUUGUGCAAAAUAAAGUCGCAUUGGCUGCUGGAUACAAGCAAACCAUAAAAACAGUCACCUAUGAAGGUGAUCCUGAAGAUAUUCGACAAGCGCCGGUGUUACCAAGUCCCCAGGACGUAGCAAAAAUGGUCCGGGAAGAAACAGCGUUGAUUAAUGAAACAUUAGCUCUACAAAUGCCGGAUGUGAAACGUGUAAGCCCUUCGACAUAUCCAAUCAGAAAGAAAGCACUUGGAUAUUCUUUUAAUAAAGACACAGUUGCUGGAGUGGAGUCACGUGAGACAAGCGCAACCUGUACUGCAAUGCCUGCGUAUUUAGAGGAGCCCACACCUGAGAUGAUUGCUGAGAUGAUGAAUAUUGAAGAAAGGGGUUUGACUUUAGGUGACGUACCUUCAAACCUCUAUAAUUAUCUCUUUCCUGGUCCAACAAGUACAGAACCCAAGGUGGCAGUAGCUUCCGCUGUAUCCUUCCCUCUUCACGAUGUGGUCAUUCCUGAUAAAAUACCCAACAUGUCCAUGGAUGUGCAGAAUAUUGAAGAGGUGAUGAAUGUGACACUGCAUGCAGCUGUUACUGCUAGUGGGAAUCAAAAUGAUAACAGUUAUUGCGCUACGGUUGGAGAGGAACCUUUGGUAACGAAAAACGCUGCUCGGAAAGGUGGUAAAACCAAAAGGAAAAGGGUCACACCUUUAGCAAAUGAAAAACCACCUUGGGGAGCGAUAGAAGACGUUGAACCUGUUAUAGAUUUAGUAGGUGCACCGCUAGCUGUUAAUCGUACUAUACAACAGGAGACUGAAGAGGAAUGUGAUCCUUUAAUGGAGGGGAUAGAGUUUUUGCUACAAACGGAAGCCCCGCAGCAUUAUUCACAGAUUCAGAUGAGAGGCACACAGAAACCUGAUUGGUUUCCAGGUUAUGUUAUGGCUUUACCAAAUGUUCCUAAUCUGGUUACCUUGGCCAGAUCACCAAGUGAAGUGUUUGGAGCUGCUUGGCAAGCAACACAACCAGAUAUCUUCAAUGAUGACAGCCUAUUCAUCAUUUAAACUAAAACUCAGGUGCGGGGACGUUUUUUAUUUGACAUCAAUAAAGCGACGAAUAUAUUAAUA